AUGAAAGAUGAGGUAGACACUCAACCCCCCAUCCCCAGCUCAAUUGAUAGAAGCAACGCUAAUGGAAGACAGGAAAUCCAAGCCGCCACGGCAUCGGAGCCACUUACCCUGGAAGAAGAGUACGCGAUGCAGCGCAGCUGGCGCCAGGAUGCCGAUAAGUUGACUUUUAUUAUUUGUUUGCCUGUUCCUCGGCCUCGGUCUGAGCAUCAGCAUCAGACGGAACGUCAAGAGCAGCAGCUGCCGGGUUCCGGGUUACGGCUGCAGGACGGAGAUGAUGCUCCCGGGCAGAUGCUCGGCGACAUUAACCUCUUCCUCCGGGUUGAGGAUGAGGAUGAGGACGAAGACGAAAACAAGAAGGGGCCGUCAUGUCCACAGAUCAUCGGGGAGGUCGAGCUGAUGAUUGCCGAGAAGGCAAGUCAGCGGAGGGGCUAUGGGCGGGCUGCGUUACUUGCGUUUCUGCGGUAUGUGCUUGAGCAUGAGGUAGACAUCGUGGGGGAGUUUGUGCGAGGCACUGGUGCUGGCGCUACUCUGCCAGGCAGGACGGACUGGAAGUUUGGCGCGCUGAGUGUCAAGAUUGGCAAGGAGAAUGGGCGCAGUCUGGCGCUGUUCGAGAGUGUUGGGUUCUGCAAGGUGAGCGAGGAGCCGAGUUAUUUUGGGGAAUUCGAGUUGAGGAGGGUACGGAAGGAGCUGUCGCUAGAGAGUGUGGAUGAGGCGAUGGCGAGGGCUGGUGUUGAGGGGUAUACUGAGGUUUCGUAUGAGAGGACUGAAUGA